ACAGAAAUGUGAAAGGGUUGCAGACCCUGCUUUUGCCUUGGUUAAUGGGAGCGAAGCUGACAGCUUCGGCCUCUGGGUUUGGUGUAUUCAUUGUUAUAAUAUCAAUACUUGUGGAUAGACCUACAGGGGGUGAUGGCUGCUUAGUGCGCCGGAGACUGGAGGGGUAAGGAAAGCAAGCUUCUUCUUGUUGAUGUGAGCCUGGAGGUGGCUAGUGGAAAACUGAUAAUGGGGACACAAAUCCUUCCUUCAUCACAUCUGCUCUGCCUGUUAAUGGCAAUUUUUUUAUCAGGAAUCCAUCAUUCAUGCCAGCUAGAGCCAUCUCAAUCUCAGGCCCUUGUCAAAAUCCGGCAGCUUCUCUACAACCCAUCAGUUGUAAGCAUUUGGGAUUCCAGACCAGACAUUUGCGACCUUGAUCAACUAGAGUCAUCAUCUCAUUCUCUAACACUGGCAUGCUAUGAAGACAGCAUAACCCAGCUGCAUAUUAUUGGGAACAAUGAGCCACUGCCUCAAAAUUUCUCCGCGGAUUCUUUCUUCGCUGCUCUAACCAGUCUCCCAAACUUGAAGGUCCUGUCUUUGGUGUCCCUAGGUAUGUGGGGGCCUUUGCCCACUGUAACUGGUAAUUUGUCUUCAUUGGAAAUACUCAAUCUUACUUCCAAUUACUUCAAUGCCACCAUCCCUGUACAAGUAUCAUCUCUGAAGAACCUCCAAACGCUAGUACUAGAGGGUAACAUGUUCACUGGUACUGUUCCUGAUUGGCUGAGUUCACUCCCACUCUUGGCUGUUCUGAGUCUCAAGAACAAUUCCUUUCAUGGGACUCUUCCGGAUUCUUUGUCAAAUUUGAGAAACAUCAGGAUUCUUGACCUUUCAAUGAAUCAUUUAUCUGGACAAGUGCCCGAUCUUCGGAACUUGACCAACCUUCAAGUUCUUGAUAUACAAGAUAAUUUUUUUGGACCUCAAUUUCCUAGUUUGCACACUAAGUUGGUUGCCCUGGUACUCAGAAACAAUCAGUUCCACUCUGGUAUUCCUGUUGAAUUAAGCUACUAUUAUCAGCUGCAAAAACUGGACAUCUCUUUCAACGGAUUUGUGGGACCAUUUUUGCCAUCACUGCUGUCCCUGCCUUCAAUCACUUAUCUAGAUGUAGCAAAGAAUAGAUUCACUGGAAUGCUUUUCCCAAACAUGUCUUGCAAUCCCCAACUUGCUCUAGUGAAUUUGUCCUCAAAUCUUUUGACUGGGGACUUACCUCCUUGCUUACAAUCGGCUCCUAAGAGCCGGGUUGUGGUGUAUGAGAGGAAUUGUCUUUCCAGUGGAGAUCAGGUGCAGCAUCCUUAUUCCUUUUGCAGAAUUGAAGCUAUGGCUGUGAAAAUCUUGCCUCAUAUGCACAAGGAAGAGAGAAGACCAUUUUCCAUAGCAGUCCUUGCAUCAAUCAUAGUGGGAGUGAUUGUUGGAGUAGUUGCACUCGUUGGGUUAGUUUUUUUGGUCAUUAGAAGAUUAAAUGCUCAGAACACGGCAAAGACACCCGCAACAAGAUUACCAUCUGAGCAAUUCUCAACUGUAGAUGCAGCAAAACUGAUUUUCGAUGCAAGAAAUAUAUCACAAACAAUGAAGCUUGGAGCUCUUGGUCUUCCUGCUUAUCGAACCUUUUUCCUGGAGGAGCUUAAGGAGGCUACCAAUAACUUUGAUGAAUCAAGUCUGAUUGAAGGUUCUCAUGGUCAGAUAUACAAAGGUAAGCUCACCGAUGGCACUAUUGUUGCUAUAAGAAGCUUGCAAAUGAGAAGGCGCCAACGAAGCCAAUCAUAUAUGCACCACAUUGAGCUGAUUUCAAAGCUUAGACACAGCCAUUUGGUUAGUGCACUUGGACACUGCUUUGAGUGCUUUCCAGAUGAUUCAUGCGUCAGCAGAAUAUUUCUUAUAACUGAGUCCAUACCAAAUGGGACACUAAGGGGCUGCAUCUCUGGAAAUCGAAGACAAAGGCUUAAUUGGACACAAAGGAUAGCAGCUGCCAUUGGAGUUGUGAAGGGUAUUCAGUUUCUUCAUACUGGGAUUGUGCCUGGUUUAUUUUCAAACAAUCUGAAAAUAACAGAUGUUUUGUUGGAUCAUAAUCUUCACGUCAAAAUCAGCAGUUAUAACCUCCCUUUGUUAGCCGAAAGUAGGGAACAGGUUGGUGUUGGUGUUUCUUCUUCUGGACUAAAAGGAAAUGCACAGGCAAGGGGCAAAGAUGGGGAUAAGAAUGAUGUCUAUGACUUAGGAGUAAUAUUACUCGAAAUCAUUGUUGGAAGGCCAAUCACUUCCAAAAAUGAUGUAGUUGUUGCAAGGGAUCUUUUAAUAGUAGGCAUGAAAGCUGAUGACAUAGCCCGAAAGACUAUAAUGGAUCCUGCAGUUGGUAAGGAGUGGUCAGGUGAAUCAAUCAAGACGCUGAUGGAGAUCUGCAUCAGAUGUCUGCACAAUGAACCAAGUGAGAGGCCUUCAGUUGAGGAUGUCCUUUGGAACUUACAGUUUGCAGCUCAGGUUCAGGAUUCAUGGAGGGGAGAACCCCAGAGCAAUCUUCAGUCACCUGACUUGUCUUCACAAUGAGUGUAAUCCUAGGAGCCUGUAGGAACAUAUUGCUUUUGCCUUUUUUGGAGCUUGUUCAAAAGAUCGGAUCAGUUUCAUCCAAACCAACUUCUGUUGACCUGAUCAUUUGAAAUAGCCUUGAAUAAAAGGAGGUUCAAGAGGAUUGAUUAAGUAACAA